AUGUCUUUGUCUACUAUGAAGAUUUUUCUCCUCGCACUUUGUGCUGGAGUGUAUGCCUCUCCUUUGUUGACCGACAGAGCAACUUCUGAUUCCGGCAUCUUCUCUGAAAUGCAGCGUGCUGCUGAACUGUCUUCAGCCGCAUACACAGGUUGCAUUGGCAGCGCCUUCGACGUGACAAUCACCAAGCAAAUAAACGACGUCGCCACUGAUACCCAGGGGUUCGUUGGAUAUUCUACCUCUAAAGGCCGUAUUUCGGUUGUCAUGCGAGGAUCUACCACGGCCACCGAUAUUUUGAAUGACAUCGAUACUACCUUGACGACACCAUCGUUCUCCGGAGUGAACUUCCCAGCCGGCGUUCAGAUUAUGCAAGGUCUGGCAUCGCCUUGGGGUGCAGUCCACGACGAGGUGAUCGCCGAGGUAAAAUCACUUAUUGCAAAAUACCCGAGUUAUACAUUGGAGUCUACAGGUCACUCUCUUGGGGGUGCCUUGACCUAUCUGAGUUACAUUGCUUUAGCUCAAAACUUCCCCGGCAAGAAUAUUACGAGCAAUGCGCUAGCAGCAUUCCCGAUUGGAAAUGCGGCCUUUGCAGCCUUUGGCACGGCCCAAAAUGGACUUCUUCGACGUGGUAACAAUGCUGGUGAUGGUGUGCCGAACAUGUACGUUUCGUUACCAUACGACUUCGUCCACUACGGAGAGUGCGAUCGGACUGAGCCUGCGUGCUUCAAAUGCCAACAAGCAAAAUUUGCCUGCCCGGGUUAUCGCAGCUUGGUCGAUGUGAACUUUCGUGACCAAUCCCAACAUGUCAUUGACAAAGCACAGCUAGCCUAUCGUGGUCAAAAGAGCAAGUCGGGCGUGUCAAAUGCACAGAAGACCAAGCAUAUACAAUCCAUACAGCCCGUAUCCUGUCUGGUCUCGACUACCGCGAUGGACCAGCCAAUAUGUAUCUUUUUGCAUAGUUAUGUCCCAUCGGAUUCGGUCCCCGUGAAAACCCAGUUGACCACGUCCCAAAUUGUCACACAAGUCAAAUCAAGUUGUGCCGUUCGUUGUGCGAUAUCAUCUGUUGGACUAGCCAUGCUCGCGAACACCAGAAAUGAUCCGAACCUGAUGACCGAGGCUCGGAGGGAAUAUACCACUGCCCUGCGUUUGACGAACUCGGCCCUUAGACGUGAGAACGACUGUCUAAAAGAUACGACACUCAGUGCAGUCUUACUGCUAGGCAUGUUUGAGGUGAUGGCUUGCGAAGCCCCCAAAUCAGUGGAGAAUUGGCAGAAACACAUCACCGGUGCUGCCACACUGCUACAAUUGUGGAAGUCAAAGAAGGAUAUGACGCCCACAAGUAUUCAGCUAUUUACACAUCUUCGCACGGAUGUGAUGGCAAACUGUCUGCGAACUCAAACCCAUGUUCCCCCCAUGGUCAGACAAUUGUCGACAUUGGUCGGGACUUAUAGAUCGGAAGAGAACAUUCACGCCGAAAGUCUAGGUGGGAUUGUGGCUGAGGUGUGCGAUCUUUUUGCUGACGUGCGAGGAAACGGGAUUCCGGAGCUUGUGAAAGUCAUUGAAAGGGCAGAGGACAUCGAUAGUCGAAUGCACGCUUGGAGUUUAGGUCUUUCAUCACGGUGGAGAUAUACAACUCACACUUACUCUGAGAGCCGUCGCCUAGUCAACCACGAUACCUGUGGUGGCACAUACCAUCUAUACCCUCAUGUCUGGGCCUGUAACAUCUGGUCGUACUACCGGACCGGACGCAUUCUUCUAAAUCUCUUGAUUCGAGACCGUUUAAAACCACUUGCCGACUAUGAUCCCGAAUGGAGGUGCGCCUACGAUAGAGCCAAAGCAAAUAUUGCUGAGCUAUCUAUGGAUAUACUACACAGCGUACCGUAUUCGAUGUCGUUGCAGUUUUCGUCCCCAUCGGUGGCUGGGAUCAACUCGCCCCCUGGCGGAUGUCUGGCCAUCGGAAAUGGGCUAUUGGCCGGCUGGAAUACAUUGGGCAUCGCAUGGGAAUAG